AUGUCGUCUGUAAGUCCUGGCGUGCAAUGGCAUAAGUGUUGUGAUUCAGGGUACCCCCCCACCAACCAGUCAGGAAACCUCACCGUAUUGAGAACUUCGCCAACUUCCGUACUUGUCACUUGGAGCAGACAGACACCACCUCAUGUCAAGUAUGAGGUUACCUACAAGCCUACCAAUGCCAAGUAUCGUGUGGUAGUGGAGGUCCUCGCCCCACAGAAUUCGGUGAUGUUGGAGAGACUCCUCCCACUCACCCAGUACCAAGUUCACGUAUCCAUCAUCGCCAACAAUUCAGCGCUGUGGACCUCGCCAGUUGUCACAUUCCACACUACGAGGGACGACGUGUUCCAAGUCUUCAACAACAGCACGCCCACGAUCAUCGACGCCAUAGACGUGAGCGUGGGCGGCAUCGAGGGCAGUGAUGUCACGCCCCUCGAGAAUCUGGGCGGCUUGGACCAGAAGGUGGGCCUCGUGAGGGUUAGGGCGGAGGAGGUCGGGAUCGUCCUCCUUGUCCUGGCGGUCUGGAUGUUUGCCAUCGCUCUCUUCUUUAACAGGUGGGGCAAGAUCCGCAUGUUGGAGCCCUACCAGGAGCCCUACAAGGAGGCUCCCCCCCAGCUGCUGCAACACCGGCCCUCCUGCCCCAUGGCGGACCCCUACGCCCUCCCCACCAACCCCCUCAAGAUCGAGCAUAACGGCAGGAACCGCCCACGCCAGAACUCGGUCUUCGUCGGCAGGACUCGCUCGCUAAGCCUUGAGGUCCAUCCGCCCAGGAGAGUGAAGAGCGCCCUCAACCUGACCACCAUGGUCCUCCAGGAGAGCGAGGAAGAGGCCGGGGGCGUGGCCACCACCUUCACCUAGUUCCUGCUUGAAGAGACGGUGAGAGAGAGAGGAAGAGGCGAAGUUGAGGGAUUGGAGGAGUUUCUACGAUGGGGAGGAGGAGUGGGGAGGACCAAGCUCUCCUCCCUCCUCCCAUCUCCCCUCUGGAUCCCCACCCCCGACGAAUCACAUGAUCCUAUAUGCACACUUCGUAUUUUUAAAUGUUUGUUGGCAAUGGCUGAAGACAGCGUGCAUUGUCAUUGUUAUGGAUGUAAGCUAUAAAUAAACACACAUAUCGUCAGAGGUAAGGAGAAAUUAGUAUGUAUAUGAAGCCUUGACCAAUGGGUAUGCCAGUCAGGGUUGAAAGGAAACAGCUUUAAGAAUAGAGUUAAGGGAGGUGGAGAAUUAUAAUACGUUAUUUUAGAUUUUUUUUUUUUUUUUUUUU